AUUGAAUCAACUCGACGGUCACACAAACGUAAGACUUAAAAGAGGAAAUUUAAAAUUGAAAAUAUAACUAGCACUUUUGGUGAUUUAAAGCAGAAAUGACAAUAUAUAGAAUAUUUAAAAACGUUAAAUUGAGUUAGCGUGAGUAUAUUUGUUCCUGCGCCUUCUUGCUACAUAUUUCUUACGGACUUGUUUUGAAGAUGCACCGAAAACCCGCGAUAGGCACGCAGCAUGGGGCGAAAUGAGGGCAGAUUAUAGAGCCAGUAAGUCGAUUUUCAGCUAUUUUUCUCUUUUCUUAAGCAUACCUUUUUCAUGUUUUCACGGUUAAUGCUUCAAUUUAAUCUUGGGCACAGUUGUCAGUGUCCUUUGCGCAGAAAAACAACAUUAUUUUGCUUCAUUUUGUCCUUCCGUUAGCAUAGGUCACUUAAUUCGUGCAGCGUCUUCAAUGUGUUUAUUCGUCCAAGUCUUAUAUUUGCUGUUUUUGUUAUCUCUGCUGCAGGUUGGAUGUCCUAAUCAGACUAAUAAUGUGGAGGAGAUCACUCCUGAGGGGUGCUUCAUGCCUCUUGCAGGUGGCAGACGUGAGAUUUCUGCACCAAAGACAGUUUUCAUCCAUCUGUGUGAGGCUCCUCUCUGAGAGAUUCGUCCACAGACACCCUGAUGCCUCCCCUGGUUUGAGGUUUAGGGGGAAAGAUUUAUUCCUGGCGUCUGGUGGCACCAGAGCGUAUAAAAAGGAUGCCAAGUCCACUGUAGAGUUUCCUCUGAGCCCCAUCACAGUCACAGACAUCAAACAGUAUCUGCGCUCCAAAGAAAUCUCCUUCCAUGAUGGCUACAGCUGUCUCCACAUCCAGAGUAUCUUUGUGGAUCCGUCUGCGAGGACGGAUUCUUUCUCCUUAUUCAUCGAUAAAACCACCGGGCAGUUUCUGUGCAAAGACACGCUGGUGGAGGGGAGCUGGGAGGAUCUGCAGGACUGCCUGGAGGUGAUGAGGAAGGAGGAUCAGGACUCCCUCAGUCCUCAUGUGCUGCUGGGGUAUCCAGAGAGCGUGGAGGAGCAGGAGGAAAGGGAGAGAGAGCUGAGGGAGGUGCAGAGGAUCUGGUCCAGCUCUGUGCCCUUCACUGACCUCCCUGAGGAUGAGGUUCAGCUGAUAAAAACCAUGUUUAAGGUAUGAUGUGGUGUGAAUUAGAGAGAAGUGUUUUACAUAUGCAUUUGUGUAUCACCUCAGAUAUUACAGGGAUAUUCCGUAAAAUUAAUUUAGGGUCAAACACACCGUAACACAAAGUUAGACACCCCCUUGAGAAAAGAAUGAUGGAGACCGCUUGCUUCUCUAGUUAUACCAACUUUAGUAACAAUAUAAUAUCCCUUUUAAAAAUAAGGAGGCAUAUAAAACAUGAAAUGUGAAAAUUGAGUCAGAGAAACAAAAAAAAAACAUAUUCAAUUUUUUUUAAUUUCUGUAUUCAUCAACACAAAUUUAAAAAUAUUGAUUAUUUCUCAUUUUAUGUAAGAAUUUUGCACCAGUUACAUGUUUACUUACAGAUUAAUUUCAUUGCGAUGGACUAAAACAGAAGCAGCUAUUGUAAGAAUCUUUAAAAAUUAGAUAUUAAAAUGCACUAAACCGAAUGCAAAUGCAACACAACUCUGUCAUUUUGAGAUUUUUUUUAACCUGUUUUUAUUUAUUUCCUUGUGAUGUUUUCUGUAGUGUUUGUUAUUUUAGAUUUGAGUGGGCAGCACUUUGGCAAACUUGAAUGUUUUUUAAAGUAGAUUGUAUUGGAUUGAACACAAGCUAAGUAAUAAGAUAACCAAAAAUUGUAAAGGAAGCAAACUUAUAAGGUGUUAUAUAGAUUGUAUUUUACGAUAUGGUUGCUUCCUUAUAACCCUGCUAUGCUAAAUAUUAACUGUCUGAUGAGGUCCUUUAAUUUUUCUUCUCAGAUCUCAAAGAUCUCCAAUGCCACCCUUAAGAAGUUUGGUGUGAGACUCUUCAAACCCACCAAAAGUCUAGUUUUCCCCUGGUUUGGUGGACCUGACUCCUCUCUUAAAGGGGUAAAACUCCUCUCCGCUCAAAGCACAGACAAUGAGAAAGUGACUUACAAUGAAGCUACAAUACCAAAGUCUAAUUCCUACUACAACCUGUUCGGCCUUCCUCUGGUGAGCCGCAUGGACUCAGAGGUGAUUCUGACAGGCAGUGAGCUGGACUCUCUGGCUGUGAGUCAGGCCACGGGACUCCCCAGUGUCGCCCUCCCACGCGGGACCAGCUGCCUCCCGCCGAUCCUGCUGCCUUACCUGGAACAGUUCAAACGUGUGACGCUGUGGCUGGGAGGCGACAUCCGCUCAUGGGAGGCGUCGAAGAUCUUUUCACGCAAGUUAGGUCUGAGACGCUGCUCGCUGGUGCGCCCGGGGGAGUACCGGCCGUGUCCAGUGGAGGCGCUGGCCCUGGGGAAGAACUUCAACAACAUUAUCAAAUCGUCCAUCCCGGCCGCUCACAAAUCCAUCGUGUCGUUCAAGCAGCUCAGAGAGGACGUGUUCGGGGAGCUGAUCAAUACGGAGCAGGUGGCUGGGGUGAAGUGGGCGAGGUUUCCAGAGCUCACCAGGAUCCUGAAAGGACACCGCAAAGGAGAGCUGACAGUUUUUACAGGUACGAGAAAAACACGAUAUUAAGAGGACAAGGUUUAAAAAUGUUGUUGUGACACAGAGGUUGGAUUUUAAGACAUUUUCUCUCAUACUUUAUCAAUUUGAACUAUCAAUUUUUGACAAUUAGUCCUCAUUCAGGGUUCAAGAUCUACCCCUACAAACUGAAUUAAUUGAUAUGAGUUUUAAAGUUGGUGUUCUUGUCUUCCAGGACCGACUGGCAGUGGUAAGACCACCUUCAUCAGCGAGAUCGCUCUGGACCUCUGCAUGCAGGGCGUCAACACGUUGUGGGGCAGCUUUGAGAUCAACAACGUACGUCUGGCUAAGAUCAUGCUGACACAGUUCGCCAUGCAGAGGCUGGAGGAAAACCUGGAGCAGUACGACUUUUGGGCGGACAAGUUUGAAGAGCUGCCACUUUACUUCAUGACUUUCCACGGGCAGCAGAACAUCAAGUGAGUCUCGAUGAGGUCUAGAAAUACAAUUAGAUGUCUUUGUAUGGGUUUAAUCCAUGUAUCAAUGUAUUGACUAAUGUAAAGAUUAUUGUGAGUUUAAAGGAUGUUUUCAGUGAUUAAAGUUGAAUUGAACUGUUUGGACUUCAGUGUGUUUAUGUCUAUUUUUUCAUCUUCUUCUACCUGCUCUACAGGACAGUGCUGGACACUAUGCAACAUGCUGUUUACCUGUAUGACAUCAACCACGUCGUCAUUGACAACCUGCAGUUCAUGAUGGGCCAGGAGAACCUCUCUGUGGACAAGUGAGUGAAGUGAAAAAGGCCAGAAGGUUCAUUGUUUACCAUUUCUUUUUCAUUUUCACUUUCAAACUUUAUUUCUUUCAGUUAAUAUUUUAAAAAAUUCAACACAAACAAGGAAAAAUCUCAAACGUGAAUAAAAAGGAGCAGAAAGAAGAAAACUCUUAGCAUAAGAUAUAAAUCAACUAAACACAUAAUAAUUUUUUUUUUCUUAUUUUCAAAAACAACCCACAAAGCAAACAGAAAAGACCAUGUUAAUUUACAUUUACCAUCCUGUAUGUGGACUAAAUAACAGUAUUGGCUCCAUUAUGGAACAAUCAUGAUUUUAAGGCCCAGACUGUUUGAAGUCUCGAGAAAUCUUGUCUAACUUUUUAGUUUACUCUCUCGUCAUCUCGUCAUCCUCUGGUGUCACACGAGGAGUCACAGUUGGCCUCUGCCAUGAAACACCACUGAUUAUUGUCACAAAUAAUGAUUAAUAACCUUAUAACUAAUAUCGAAACACUUUCAUAAAACAACCCCACUUUGAUGUCAUCUGGUCCUGCUUCAGACUGGUUCUCUUUGUAUCUGUCUGACAUGGUUUACUCAGUUGCAGUGGGUAAUUAUCCCUCAUUAGAUACAUCCCUGGUCUGGGGAGUACCUCAAGGUUCUGUCCUCGGCCCAGUUCUUGCUUCCACUUGGCCUCUAAAUCAACAACUUUGUUAUACAGAUGACUUUUAGUUAGAUAUUUCAUUCACACCGAAAAUGUCAACAUCUUGUCCAACCUUCUUAACUGCUUUAGUGCAAUUAAAACUUGGAUUACAGAUAACUACCUACAGCUGAACACUGACGAGACAGAAGAGCUCAUAUCUCUCAUCAUGACCUUCUGAUCUUGAAAGGUGCCACACAAAUAAACCUAUAUAAUUUGGGUCAGUAAAUUCAAUCAGAUUCUUAAUUUCUGGACUUUUCUGGUAUUAAAGGAACUCUUCUUAAAAGGCUCAAUUCAAGAGGCCUACAAAACAUAGAUAAUGUUUGGUAUGGUCCAGGUUUGCUGUCCAGGACCACAUCAUCGGGGCCUUCAGGAAGUUUGCCACCAACAGCAGCUGCCAUGUAACUCUGAUCAUUCACCCGAGAAAAGAGGAGGACGACCGCGAACUGCAGACAGCGUCCAUCUUUGGUUCAGCGAAGGUAAGACGAAAAAUAAAUACAUAACAAGUAUAAAUACACUCAAAAAUCUGCCAUAUUCAUAAAAAAAAUAAUAAUAAUUUCACCUUUCAUCUUCUUCCAGGCCAGCCAAGAAGCUGAUAACGUCCUCAUCCUGCAGGAGAAAAAGAUGGUGACUCGUCCCGGCCGCAGGUCCCUGCAGGUUACCAAAAACCGUUUCGACGGAGAUGUGGGCCUCUUCCCGCUGGAUUUCAUCAAGUCCUCGCUCACUUUCUCCUCUCCCGUCAAAGGCAAACACAAGCUGAGGAAAGUUCCCACCAAACCGGAGGACGAGGAGGCCGAGCAGGUGGAGGAGGCGGCGGCGAAGAAGGAAGAGGUGAAAAAGGAGAAGGCGGCAAAAACAGUAAAGACUCCAAAAACGAACAAAAACGCCACAGCUGGAAAUGAGAGCGCACAGAAGAAAAACUAACACAGAGACUAAUGUAGAUCAUUGUUAGAUAUCAUAUUUCCAGACUUCAACGUAAUGAUCUGACUGCGUGAAACAAAGAUAACUGGUCCAACUCAUCAUUCAAGACCGUUUUAUGUCCAUUUGAUAACUCACACAGUCAAACGGUUUCUCAAUAAAACUAUAAUAAUAUUAAUUUCUUUCCUCCAAAAUGUGAAAAGUGUUUCUGGUUAAACUACUGGAGAGUUUGAUAAGCUUUUUUAUGAAGGCACAACUACUUAUGAAGACUGAAGCCUCUGUCCAAAGUGUUAAUGAAAUCCUACUAAUUUUCUAGUAAGUAAAAUAGUUUUGUCGACAGUCGACACUAUCACACUGUACGUGUUCAGAAUUACAUUAGCACUUACACAUGACUACAAUGUGCUCUCUACUGACUGUUAUUGUUUUUGUACGACUUACUGAAUGAGCUGCUACUUUCUUAAAUAAAAUGUCUAAGAAAAAAAGGUUUUCUGAGGUUUACUUUAUGGCCAGCAGGGGGCAGAGCGCGCAUUACAGACGCAUUUGAAGUUAUGAAGGAUUCAUAUGAAGUCUCCUGCCAGAACUUACAAGAAGAAGGUAAAUAUCACGGUAUUACAGACUGCAAAACGUGUUCAUUUUUUUUAACUUUAGUUUUCAGGAUUGGGAGUUAAAGUUUUAACAGAGUAUUUAAUUAAAGACGCAAAAAUUGUUGAUCAAUUUGCUCAGCCGGCCUCUCACAGUGCUGAACCUCUUAUUAUCUUUACGCCUGAAACACUAGCCCUUUUUUAAACUCAUAAGGGUCAUUUGUCUUUUGCAAAUAAUUAAAAGAAGAUGCUCUCCAGAUGUUUUUUUUAAACAUUACAGAACUUUUUUAGAGUUUUCUUGUCCAACCCAAACUUUUUUCAAACAUGUUGCUGGCGUCAAAUCAAAAAUUUGCACACAUUUAUUCAUAAAACAAUAAAAAUAUUUGUUUUUGUAUUGUUAAGCUGUCAGUUCGGAGACCAUUAAAUUCUGAUUUUUAUCAAUAAUUUAGAAAAUGUCCCAACUUUUUGGAAUUGAGGUUACAUGUAUUUAAAAGUGAAAACCCUGGACUGUUAAAGAAAGACAGUAUUAUUGGGUUACUGCUUACCAUGAAGUAUUCAAACUGACAAAUUCGAAAUAAUUCAAUGUAAGAGAAAGUUUAAAACUAAACCCUUUAAAAAAAACACAAAAACCAGAGUUAUAAAAAGCCUACAUAGAUGUUUCUUAACACUGUUAAUCUAUCAACAAAUGUAGUUUUUGCAUUCUUGUGAAAUUUUUGUUUCACUGUUUAAGUCAGGACUCUCUCAAAUAAGAGAUUUUGUAACUUAAUGGGUAUAUUCCUUAGAAAUCAAAAUAUAUGAACAACAGGACCUGGACGAAUUAAAUCCAAGUAAAAGCCAAAAUGUAACAGACACACCUGUGAGACUUAUAAUUGUGUUUGACUGCAACUUCUUCAGUCGGUUAUUGUGCGUCAGUGAAGUGGAUCCUUUCUAUUGUCAGACUGAGCCAGAAUCACAUUACACAAUCCAUUAUUUAGACUGAGUGACUUUUAAUAAAUGCAAAUGUCCUCAAAAAUAUCUUCCUCUGAAUAUUUCAUGGGUGAAGCCAGAAGCCCUGCCCAGCUCACACAGGUGUGGGGUUACAUGUAGAAUCAGCAGCUUUCAGAGGUCAGGGAGUCUGCAUGGAGCUGCUGCACUGUGGUUCGAUAGUUUUUAAAGUGUCAUGUUUCAUCAUUUAGUGACUGAAAAACUGCGAUUUCAGAGUUUUGUCAUGUAGAGGAGAGGUCAGUGUGGGUCUGUGACAGUGUUGUUUUGAUACCAGAGCCUGUGAUGAUUUUGUUACUGACUUAGAUCCACUCAGCAGUUUUUGUCCCACCCUGGGAGUUCGACUCAUUAAGAGAUUAACGAUCCCUGCACUCUGAGAAUCUCAUUAAGACGCUCAUGGGCUCCUGUCACAUCGCAAAUGAAAACUCACUGCGGGAGGCAUGACACAUCAAAUCCAAGAUAAACGCUGCUUGUUUUUAUCUUACCCUUAAUUUAUCUGGUUUAUAGUUUGGUACAAAAACUCAAAUAAGAAAUCAAAACAAAUUAUCAUCCAUGUUUUCUGUCCAGAUGUUUAGUUUGGCUUUUAUGACGGGAUUAUGUUAUGCUGCUUUCGAAUUACCUCGGAGGUCAGAUGUCAGAGCUGAAAAUGACGUCACAGCCGAGUUACCAGCAUUUCAGUUACCAAGUCAGAAAAAAAAAGCAGGAUCGGAGGCGGACACAAGAUGGCUACAUCUAUGAAAGUUAUUUUAGCGCUUGCCUUGUCCAAAUAUAACAAGGACAAUGCAAGUGCUAAAAUAACUUUUGCAGAUGUAGCCAUCUUGUUUCCGCCUCCGAUUUUGCUUUUUUCUGACUUGGCUGUGACGUCAUUUUCAGCUCUGACAUCUGACCUCCGAGGUAACUAGAUCGCAGAAUAAUUUUUUGGUACUUGAUGUUCAGAUUUUAAUAGCGUUAUUUUUAAUCUUCAACUUAUUGUCCUUCAUUAUUUCACCUGCCAUUUUUAGACUUUUCAUCAAAAGAGACAACAUGUGAUUUUUAAAAAUCUCACACUAAUGAGCAGAAAUUAGCAACAAUAAAGAGUUUCUACUUUGGCCACAUGGGGCGCCAAAAUCAAUACAGACAAAGAGUUCCUCACAGCAGCUUUAAAAAAGAAAACUUAACCUGUAGCUUUGUCCUUGAGGAAGGUGGCCUGGGUUCAAAUCAUUCUCCACUCCUCCCAUUAAAGUAAAGGCCAAAAAACACACAUUUAUAAAAAUCCACAACUUAACAACCAAAGAACAUGAAUUAAGUGACCUUCUCUCAAGAAAUCCAUUAGAUAUUUCACAGCCACAAAGUCUGUAUCGAACCCAUUAUUAACAGUGUGUUAGCCUCUGUAUCAGACCUGUAGAUUGACAGUAUUUGUUACAGUUUCCCCUUAAUUUUGCCCCUCCAUUGUAACCUCAGAGUUCACAGAGUCUGAAGCCUCUCUGUCUGCCUCUGAGAUCCCCGCUGGCUCCGUCUGACAGACCGGUCCGGGAAGCUACUGGCAUCAGAAUCACUUUACACUUGGUAUGCAGGGCCCCUGAGCUCCUUGGAUAGCUGAAACUGUAAAAUAUUGUUGUAAGCUGUGGGAAUAAUCCCUGUGUAUGUUUGAUGAGCAUAAAUCACAGCAGAUGAGACAGCAGGAGGGGGACACUUCCUGUACAUUUUUGUUGGUUUGAGUUUCAUCCUUUUGGUUCUUCUUCUCAGAGACGUCCACACUGCUUCUAUAAUGACUCCAGGCUGUGUGCUGGAUGGGUCUGAGUGUCCUCUUGGCCGUGUGGGUGUGGGAUACUGCUUCUGAGGCCUCUGAAUGGGGCUCUUUGUGUUUCGAGGCACUGCUGCAACAGAUGAUGGCCGCUCUGUCGCCCUUAGGAUCCUAAAAAAGAAAGAAAAACACACAAACAUUGGAACGAAUCACUUUGACAUAAAUGUAUGCAGGUGCACAUGCAUGCAAAGUUGCACAGAACUUGCCCUCUAUAGCUAUCGGGAAAACUUGAUUGCAAUACCAAACUUCCGCCAAGUAAGACUGCACAGAAAAUAGCGUGCAUUUUCUCUAUCUGUGGAGGAAAUAUAGAUGGCUAAUGCUCGAGUAUAUCACAGUACAACUAUGUAGUGGAUUGCCCAGUUUAUUUUAAAUAGCUUGUCCUGAUCAGAGCCUUGCACGCCUAUUCAAAUAGCUGCCAUCUGGAGCAAGGAGGGAGAUGAAUCAACUUGUCGCUCUUAAUCAGGAUGGAAACAAAUUGUGCAAACACCAAAAGCAUUCCUUCUCAUCAAAAAAACAAACACCGAGGAGGAUGUGAAUCAAAUGACGCUCAGGAAAAGAUGUUUCAGCUGCAGAUGAACUCCUCUCUGGUGAAGUUUUUGACCCUGAAUUCACUGAAAACAUCAUGAUCAGACAUCAGGGCAGCAUUUCUUAUAAAUCUCAUAAACCGAUCCUACAAACAGGAAAAAUUCCAAGAGUUAUAACAAUAGGAAAAUGAAUGAACUGGAGGCCCCAUGGAUGGACGUCAUGCAUGUAUGGCUCUGCACACCAUUAGCUUCCCUUCAUUAAACAAACUACUUGACUGAGUCUGGAGGUAAUUUUUGGACCUCAAAUCAGUUUUCCAGCUGCAGGGAUGGAACUUCAACUAACGGGAUCACAUUAAAAGCAUUUUUGGCUGAUCUUCUCUUGAAUCAGAAAGGAGUGAGAUAAUGUGGGACGAGGAGAUCAGCAACAAAAAGGCUGCAUUCAAUCAAAUCUUUAUACUUAUUCAAUGAGGGGUUUUUGUAAAUAUUCAUAUUAGCUCAAGAUUGCUGCUUAUUUGAAUAGGGAUGGGAAUUAUUAAGAUUUUAUCAAUAUCAAUGCCAUUAUCGAUUCUGCUUAUCGAUUCAAUUCUUUAACGAUUCCCGUAUCGGUGCCUUUCUGUAAAUUUAAAAAAAAGUAGACUAUAGAUUUUCACCGUUAACUCAAAAUUUUAUUGAGUCUCUGAUAACAGUAGUCUAAAAAUAAUCAAAUGACAAACUACUUGUACAGCGAUUACUUCAGUCAGUAUUAAGUCAAAUUAGGGUGACCAUAUUCUGGAUUCAUUACCAAGCGUAGGUGGAGUAGUGCGCAAAAUUUCGAGGGUUUUUUGGGUCGGGUCGAGUGUUUUUGACACUCUUCUAACUCAGUUGGUCCGAGUCUGGCAUGCAUUGAGCUUAUGUUAACACAGGACAUACUACGUACCUUUCAUGCCAUUGCUGAGACGGAGCAGCAGCGGCUGACGAUCGGAAGAAAAGAAUCGUUAAGGGAAUCGUUUAGGUAAAAUGUAAAUGAUGUCAAUGGAUUGAACCAUUUGGAACCAGCUCUCAACAAGAACCGGUUCUCGAUUCCCAUCCCUGUAUUUGAAAGACGUUUUUCGUGCCUCUGUUGACAAUAUCUUAUAUUUUUGUUUUAGCAUUCUCUUCCUUGUAACUUUGACUGUUUCUACUCCUGUUUAACAUCAUGUAUGAAAAAGUGGAAAAAGGCUUGAAGCGCACUUGAGUUAUUGCUUCCUCUACUGAACAACAGACCCAUUUGACAAACCCAGAACAAAUACCCUCCAUAAACAUGUCAGUAUUCGUUCGGUUGAAAGCUCUGAAACAAACGAGUACAUGACUGAGUCUGAGAUUGUUUUGUCCGCUGCGGUGCUCAAGGUCAAGAAAUGACUGUCAAGCUCUAGAGAGUCUUAAAAAGCUCAGUGAAACGGUCAAAUCCUUUGUUUGUCCUCGAGAAGUGAACCGGUUUCGUUGAGUUAUCAGGAAAAAAAAACAGCCAAGUGUAAUUUAUUGUGUGUCUGACUCUAAUUCAAACAUUUUAAGACUUGAUUUCAGUUUGAUAAAGUUCACAUUUAUUAGCUGAAAGGGAGGGUGAGAAUAUUUUAUGACCCAGACUGACAUUAAAAUAGAAAGUGUGACAGAACAUGCUGGGAGAAUAUCGAGCGCAUGGAGGGGGACGGAGAGUAUGUAGAGCAAGUUCAUCGGUACACACUGUGUCUGUCACGGUAUAAUUUCUCUUUCUGUAACAAGCACAGAAACUUUUCAUGUUCAUGAAGUUCAAAAGUAGGACUCGGUGUUUCUACCAGGAACAUUACAGCGUCUUUGGAUUCAGCCUCUGCGCCUAAAUAUAGCCCCACAUUUUCAUCAAAGUAACAAACACUGCAUGCUUUAUUUGUGUGUUUUUCAGCGAGUGAGCAGAGGAUACACACAUCGCUUACAGUCAGACUGCGGGCUGUUUUAGACUCAGCGCUGAUUCAAGAUGUCCCACCAUCCCUGUAAUGUCAUGAGUGGGAGGCGACUCUGUCUCACGAGCUCUCUGCACACUUGACCCACAUUACUCAAUGGUAUGCCUGCUUCUGUGUGUACUAACAAACGUGUGCCUCUGCGCUCCCCGGAUCAGGAGACGGCUCGUGUUUCAGCUCGUUGUGUAAAACUUGAGGCUAAGACUAUUGUACAUUUUUAUCACUAUCAACAGAAUAUGAUAGGAAACGAGUAGCUGUAGUUGAUACUGAGACAAUUCAAGACACUAUUCUAGUUAGCUAAAUCUGUGUUGAUCCCAACAAACUCCCUUUUUUUGUUUGUGUUACAUUUACUAAGAACUUUCAUUUUUGAUGAAGCUCAUUUGUAGAGCUAGUUCAGUCAUGCUGCUAUAAAUCUAGACUACCCGGGGUACAGGCACGUUGAGCAUCCUUCUUUCUCUCUGUCCUCCAUUUAUGAGUGUAUCAUUGAUUUCAACUGUGCUCCUAUAAAGAUAGGAUAAGAUAAGAUGUACCUUUGUAAGUCCAACAGGGAGGAAAUUUCAAAAUUACAGCAGUAUAAAUACAAAAACAAAAGAGAAAUAAAAGGAUAAGGAAACUUAAAGGUAAAAGUCUUUUUUGGGUCCCUGAGCUCCCUCGUCUCAUGGGUUCCUCUGGAUUGCUGUUGCAGACAUCGUCCCCCUUAAUCUUUGGCCGCUAAGAGAAUUUUCCUUUUAUGAAACUUUUAUUAACUUUUUUCUGAAGUAAUCAUUUGAAGUAAGUUUUUGGAAUUGUUUAGAAACCUGAAAACUGCCAAAAAUUUUGAAAAAUUUGUGGAAUUCUCCCUAAAAUUUUGAGAAUUUUGUGCAACUGUGAGUUACAUAACUGAUCUCCAAGUACUUAACCCAAAUAAUUACGAUAGCUGUUGAGCAAUAUACAGUGUCGUAUAGAUAUAGCCCAAAGUUAGACUGGGUCUAAAUUUAGACUUGGUCUAAAAAACUUUCAUUUUCAGACCUGUGGUAGUCUUCUUUUAGACCAGUUAUCUAGGCUACAUUUAGACGUCUGUUAGACCUCUUUUAGAUCAAAAAACGCAGUGGGUCCUUUGAAUAUAUGACAAAAAAAAAAAAAAAAACUUAUGGUCAAAUUCAAUUUUACUACAGUGGUCUUGAUGGUUGCAACAGGACGCUAAUUUCAGCAAAGACCUUUUCAAAACCCAGUUUAUCUACUAGUUUAUUGUGAACAAAGUAACAACCUUUUUUCAAAUACAUGUCUUCAGCUCUGUUUUUAGUCAUUUUGCUCACCAUUGCUGCUCUGUCAGAAAAUACACCCUGUUUUUUGGCUUCGGAAAGAAUUAGCUAACCAUUCAAGCAGCAGAGCUACAAGAGCGUAAAUAUUGGACUCACGAUCAUCUGUUUUAUGAUUCUGAUUUCAUGCUAAUGUGGCUGUUUUUCUGCCAAAUGGGCCGUUUGCUCAGUGUUUCCAUUUUGUCAGUGUUUUGUUGUCGCUGCUCUUCAGUUUCUGAGAGGGUACAGUGAAAAACAAUCACCGUACUUGUUAAAAAGCCACUUUCUGUUUGUCUCUGCUCUUGAGUCAAGUGCCCCAAUCUGUUCCAUGUUUGACCCCCUAAAAAACCUGCUGGCCUUGAACAGUUGGGGAGUCAGAGAAAAGAGAAAUUUAGUGUAUUGAACCUGAACUAGACCCCCCUCUAAGAAAAUACCUGCAGUGAUUUUCCUCUCUGUGGGUGGUGAGGCAGAGUUGUUCACCUUCAAAGAAGUAAAGGUCAACCAGCAUGUAGUUCCCUCUCCUGGUCCUCCUGAGCCUCUCUGGGGAAAUCGUGUGCCCAUGUCUCAAAUCCUGAACUGUCAUGUAGCAUUAGCUUCAGUCCUUUAGCUGACCAUCCAGAUCUGUACUGUAAACACCUGCCGUCUCGAUGUGCUCUGCUAGUCAUGUUCGGCCUUUUGAGCACGACAGGGAAAGCUUUAGAGAGACACCAGCUUGCCAGGGGCUUAUGUAACGGUGGGAUCUGGUCAAAGAGAGCACCGAGGGGCUUAAUCUGCACUGGCACCACCUUUGGAAGAGCCCUAAGGCGAACUGGAGAGGUUGCAUCAACUUACUCUGCACUCCUGACUUCUGGAAAAACCAUAGAGGUUAACCGAGAGGGCAGGUAGUGUCGACAAUGGGAGCAUAAUUGCAGCGGUAGAAGUUUGUGGUGAGCAAAGUGUAGGGAAUUGCAGGUGGGGCUUCGUGGAUCAGCUCUCUUUGCUUUGAAAGAGUGGAGGGCCUCGUUCCUCUCUGGCAAGUAGGUCAGAAUUAGCAUCCUACACCCUGGAUAAGAGAGGCUCCUGGCAGGAGUCCAGCACCUCACACCAGACUCUCUCUUUUAAUGCACUCCGAGAGCGAGGAGGACAGAGGAAAGUGGUGAUGCAGACAGCUUUCAAACAGCCGACCUAGCCGCACUCUACAGCCAGGCCAAAGAAAAUGCGCCAUUCACUCUCAAAUUAGCCGUCUGCAUGGCCACCUUCAAAUGAGGCCCCACUCUCUCUGCCUAAUCUCCUCAGACUGUGUGCACACACUGACCGUCUGCUCCACAGGCACUGAAGACCAGAGCCAGUGGUCGCCUCAGCGCAGUGGUUAAUUGAUGCAUUAUCAGCAUUAAGCAUUGUACAGUUAAGCUGAUUAUCUCAAAAUAGACCCAAAAAAAAAACAUGCAGCACUUAUGAAUGACACAACAUUUUCUGUAAGUUAUCAUUCUGUAAAGAAAAAAAGAGACCAAAUAUCCAGUUUAAUAAUUAAUCCUCUCUUUUUCUGCUCGAUGUUUUAAUUAAGCCCCUCAAUUACAAGAGGGCAACGUUUGAUAAUGGGUAACAAGCGAGUGCAGUACUGAAUAAAUGCCAAAGCAAUUUCCCUGGCACAGUAGCACCAAGAAUUAGACGGUCGAAGGAGUCUUUGGCACCUUGUAGCUUUAGUCAAUAACAACAAUAGAAGCUGAAUUCCAGUGGAAAAAAAAAACACUCAGAGCCGAUGCAGAGCCUUGCCAAAAUUGUUAAGCAACAAGUUCUGAUGAUAGAAAGUAAGCUUGGCAAACUGUAUCUGCAGAAAUACCUCAUUAAACACUUUACAUAUGUCAGUUCAAGGUAAAUGACAACAGAAGGGGGCAUGUAUGGAGCAUUACUAACUGGUUUGUUGGCAUAAUCCACUUUUUCUUUUUUAGGAACAGCUUGAAAAACAUAUGUUGUGUUUAUCUGGGAGAGGUUCAGUUUAAGAGCAAAACCCUGUCUGCAACUUCUAAUUGAUAUGCAGUUAGAUACGAUGCAAUGCAAUAUGAUAUAAUAUGAGUUGAGACUACAUGAUUACAAUAUGACGCUAGAAAACACCAGGCGAUACGAUAUAAGAUGCAAUACAAUGUGAUACCUUACGAUAUAAUAUGAUGCAAUAUGAUACCUUUCGAUACAAUGCGAGACGAUACAAUAUGAUACAAUACGAUACAAUACGAUAUGAUGCAAGACGAUACAAUACGAAACGAUACCUUACGAUAUGAUACAAUACAAUAUGAUACAAUACGAUACAAUACAAUAUGGUAUCUUAUGUUACAAUGCAAGAAGAUGCGAGAAGAUACGAUGCGAUACAAUACAAUAUGAUAUAAUACAACACGAUGAUACCUUAUGAUUUGAUAUGAUGCGAGACGAUACAAUACAAUAUGAUACAUUAUAUUACACACUUAACAUAACAGUAGAAAUCUUCAGCUUUCAGCCCAGGUGCCUUAUGAUGGCAGAUGGAUCAUCAAAUAUAUGUUUUUGAAAAAAUUUGGCCAGAUUUCUUACUGUCAUUUGUACCUUUGGUUGAUUCUUCUUAUUGUGUUUUUAUUAGAAAAUGGCUGCUAGAACAUUUUCAACAGCCAAAAUUGGUCUUCAGAACAGUCACAUAAGUUCAGGACUCCUGAAAGCAUCUGCUUUUAUUCUUCUUCUUCAGCUUGUAGCAGGAACAUUAUGUUGUUUUUGUAUUUUAGCAGCCUUUUUCUGUUACUGCUGAGUCACCGGGCUUGAGGGCAGGUCAGCGAGCACAAAGAACCUGAUACCGGGUUUGUUUGUUUCUCUUCUUCUAUGGUGUGCCCGGGUUCACAUGUCAGCAGGUCAUUCUUUUUGUUUCCCCUACUUAUCAGCCAUGCAAUUUGCUGUGGUUAAACCCUUUUCCUCUUUACAGAUUGUUGCCUCCAGUCGGCUUCUGGUUUGCUUGUACACUAAUUUUCAGUCUUUUUUGUUUUUCUGAUUGCAGGCCCCAAAACAAAAGCAAACAUUAUGUUGAAUAAAGCUCAAUAUGCUAGCAAAGGAGGCUUGGAUGAUGUGCUCUGCAGAAAAUUCUGUACAUCAUGUAAAUCAAAUGCAAAGUGCACCAAUGGGAAUAUCAAAUAGUGCAUGAGGCAUAAUACUGCACCUGGGACAACCCUGAAAAUACAUUUUCCUGGCUUCUUAUGCACUCAACUAAUGCAGUGUAAUGGAAAGUAGUGCAGUUUUGCAUGCGGGAAAUGGACUCUCAGAUAGCAGAGUUCUUGGGGUUAUUUCUGUGUGAAAUGACUUGCAGCGUCAUUGACCAAUUACUUUCCUCCAAUUAUCUCCAUCCAGCAUGUUUAUGAAUAAAAUGAGCUCACAGUAGACACAGAGGGAAGGUCAUUAUCAGCCAACACAACAUAAUUGCAGAUCGGCUGAAUGCUCUGGGCAGCGAUAGGCAUCUUAGGCAUGCACAAGCCAGAAGUAGAGAGCAUACGGGAACACAAUGUCCCCAGCGUUGGAGUACUGAGAGCAGACUGAGAGGUUUGAUUUAGGGAGUUGUUAUCAACAGACAUGCUGCUUUCAUCCCACACGCUAUUAUCAAUUACCACAACAGCUCUUCUCGAAUUCUCUAGUGGUCAGAUAAGUGUGAGACAAUUUUCCCUCUGAACCCUCAAGGCCUUAGCACUGGAGUCCCAUGAGAUUUACCAAACCACUUACUUGGGUAAAUCCAACUUCAUUAUCACAAUUGAAAUCUUUGGAAAUUAAGCAAAACUCAGGAAAUGCAUGCACUGUAGUUUGCAAUUCCCCUGUCUUUCUUUUCAUCUUUCUGUUUGGUGGACAGCCCACACAGUCACAGAGAUCAUUCCACUUUCCACAAAUGACAGCUCUGGCCAGUCACCUGAUUUGAACCAACACUCUCCAGACGGAAAGGCAACACCCCUAACCUCUACACCCUACUGCUGGUCAGGAGGAAGUUUUUUGUUCCAGAUAUAACCAUGCUCAAAUGUCAACAUGAGUUCAUCAACUGCUAAUGCCUUCUUGCCUGAACUGCAAGGCAUCCCAAAAAUACUUAGUAUUAGUUCAGAUGGUAAAGGGCAUACUAUACUUUAAACUUGAAGCACCAGGCCUGGGUUCGAGUCUCACUUUUGCCAGGCUUUGUUUUUCCCAUCCUAGUCUGAAAAUGUUAUUCUAGGCUCUUGCUGCUCCUUUUUUUCCUGCAGGAAUAAGCCUCCUCCAGACAAAAGCACAGUCUACUAUCUCAUCUGGUAAAUCGGCAAGUUUUCACAAUAAAAGCUUGCUCCUUGCUCCACCAUGGGUUCAAGCCUCACCUUGGCCAGAACAAACAUCCAUUGAUAUUUUAUUGGCCAUCAAAAUUCACUCAAAUAAGAAUCAGCUGUCUUCAUUUGUGGCUGAACACGUAAGGUAACAAGAGAAACCUGAAUCAAAAGUACAGCCCUCACCAAGUCUUGAUAUUUGUACCUUGCCCCGACAGCCAUGGGUUCAAGUCUCACCUUGGUUAGAACACUUUGUUCCCCAUUAGUAUUUUAGUUCCUCUCUAAAUUCACUUGGAACAACCAUCAGACUAUCGUCAUUUGUGACUGAACGUGUAAGGGCGAGGUGGGACCUGUGGACUGGGAGUCAAGCCCAGAAUUGGGCCCAGCCACCAGGGAGGGGCCUGGCUGUUGGACCUCUGCUAAAUCUCGGUUCUCAUCUAAAUUGGGUAUUGGGGGCGUGAGGACUUGGCACUGAAA